CAAUGACAUAAUGAAAUGGGAAUGACAUUUCUUAGGCUGACCCGAAAUCUUUUCGGGGUUUUAACAUCUGUUAAUCAUUUCGGAAAUAAAAUUUGUAGGAAAAUUUCCCAUUCUACAGUUACUUUAAAAAAAUAUUUAAAAUAAUUGAAAGAUAUUUAGUUAAAGCCUUACUUAAACUUAAUCACUUACUUAGUCACACUUAGCCUUUAGCACUUAGUCUUACUUUAACAGUGACUUAGUGAGAGUGAGUGUCACUUAGUUUAUUAGUUAUUAUUAUAUAAUUAGUUAUUAGUUAGUUUGACUUCACUUAGUGAUAGUGAUUAUUAGUGUGACGUACUAUUACUUAGACUUACUAAUUUAAUUUUUCAAAGUGGCUAUUCAGACCCGGGUAUCAGAAGUGAGAUGUUGGAUUUUUAAAAAAACAAAUAUUACUGUUGAGCUUUUGGUUUGGGUUUGUAAGAAACAAUUUGGUAUCAAAUUCAAAGAUAACUGAAUGAAUGGGCUAUAUUCAUGGGCGUGCGCAGAAAACUUUCUAGAGGGGGGCAAAAAAAUCGAUUAACUUUCUGGGGGGGGGGGGCAAAAUUUUUUUAGUUAUGUUUGAAUGUAGUCUGUAGUUUUAACUUACUGCAGCGUAUUUGUAUGGUGAACGAACGGACAGGACAUCAGCUUAGUUACUUUCUCUUUAUUUUCUCAUUACUUUAAUACAUUUUUUGUCUAUUUUUGUCUAAAAAUUUUUUAUCCAAUCAAUCCAGUGGGGGGCAAGUGCCCCCCUUGCUUGCCCCUACCUGCGGGCGCCCAUGACUGUAUUCUAUAUGUUUGUAAACUAAAAAUAAACUGCUACAAGACAAAUGACAUCAGAAUAGUAUUUAGUCUAAAGUAAGGUACUCAGGGACGCAUAGCCACUAUUCGCUAUUUAGUUUUUGUGUAGGCCUACUUUAAUAGCCAUAGCCUAAUGUAAUAAUAUAGGCCUAAUUUUUUUUUUUUUGAAUUGAUCAUUGACAACAUUGUCUUUCUAUUUAUUUAGCCUACAUUUUUAUAAGGCGGAGGGUUCUGUUGUCCGCACUCAACUUUGAAAACAAAUCGGAUACCGGUACUUGUAGGAACUUUUCAUUAAAAAGUGGAACUUCUAAUAAUGAAGAUCAAGAUUGCAGAACUAAAGAUGGUCCACUGUGUGUUUAUUUAACAAAAAUUGCAGCAGGGGAACUGAAUAAAGACAAUCAUCAACAAAAAGUGGUUGAAAGGCUACAGACCCUUUAUGAAGAUUUAGAGACCUAUCAACCAAGACCAACCAGACAGAAAGGAUCAUCAGUGUCAUCGUGGUUUAAAGUAAUGUUAAAAUUACAAAAUUUUUACAACUACUGUAGAAACUUGAUUAUUUCUACAUAUUAUGAAAAAGGUGUAGUCAAGAUAAUUUUAAAAAUCAUGAUAAUCGAUGCAGACUCUAUUUACUAAAAUUGUUACACCUUACAUAAAGUCUUAUUAAAAACACAGCUGCUCACAAAAUAUAUAUUACAAUGAAUUUUAAUGUUUUAAAACUUUGUUUUAAAAAAAUAAAAUAUACAUUAACAUCAUUUUAUGUGUCGCAAUAAUAAUUUUUGACUUGCUUUGAGAAAACUUAAAGCAUGACAGUAAUCAAGUCCUAACUAAAUUUUAACCAGUAUUCUAAAGAUUUUUUGGAGGGCGGUUUAUACCAAUGUAGACUCUAAUAUCAACAUUGUAUACAGUAAUUCUUAAUUGUACUCACUUUACAUGAGGAUCAUCUUGAGCUUGUCUCUUAAAGUGUCAGCUUUGCCACUAAUAACUAUAGACAAUUGGAACACUGUCACAUUGUAUUAGGUCCAUCAUGGUAACCAUGAACAUCCAAAUUUUAUAUUGUUUUUGUGCUUGGUUUUGGACUGACUCACUGCCAUUGUGAUGAUUCUCUCCAAACAAAGGGACAUACAUUUCUGUCAUACAAAAUAAUAGGAUGAUAAUCAGAUAACCGUUUUCAGUUUAGUGAAGUUUCUACUGUAUUCAUCCCAAUUUAGGUUUCUUAAUAGAUGAAUUUGAAUUUUAGUUUAUUUAUGCAGAAUAUUUUAAAAUAUUUAUAAAAAAAAUUAGGGAAAUCAUUGAUGGUAAGAGAAAGAUAACUACUUACACAGGUUUAAGUUUUUUGAAACCUCAUUUGUGAUAUUUCUGCUCAUAUUGACACAAACAAGAAAUAUAAAUCAAUGUUCAAGUUAUGAAUUUUUAUAAAAUAUGUUACAUAAUUUUACCCAAAAAAAUGAAAGAUAUUUUAAUUUAUUUGAAAAAUCUCUUUGCAUGCUGGGGCUGCACAGAUGACUUUAAAAAACCCAUAUUUAAACAUACAUUGUUCCUCAAAAAUGAAAUUUAAAAUAGCAAUAUUUGAUUCAUAUAAAUUAUUCUGGUACCCAUAUAGAGAAAAUUACACUAGCGAUGUUUUGAAAUUUCAUAUAUUCUUAAAAUAAACCUGAUUGUUUCUUUACAGAAAGAUAAUGAAAAGGAUAUUCCUGUUCGAGGUCUUUAUUUACAUGGAAAUGUUGGUAUGUCACUAUUUCUUAAUAUCUUUUUGCUUAUUUUGCACAUAAGUAAGAUAUAUUAGUUAUUUUUUUAAAAAGCUUGUACCAAAGUAACAUGUCAAUUGUAUGAAUAAAAAGUGUUUUUUUUUUACAUUUUAAUUGAAUAAAUUAGGCUUUGAACUAAUUUUAAAUACAUCUAUAUUAUUUCUCACUCCCAGGGAAAUAGUUUUAACAAUGAAGUCAAUUUUCAAGAUAAUAUUUGAUUAAUUCUUUUUAGCGCAUUUGAUGUUAUAAAUUUUUCAUAAAAAAAACAUUAUUUCUUUAAACUUUUCACCCAUUUGAUAAUACCACCUGAACCUGAAAUCUCUUAGGGACAGGGAAGACUAUGCUGAUGGAUAUGUUUCAUGAAACCAGUACUGUCGCAAAGAAACAGCGUGUUCACUUCCACAAGUUCAUGCUCGAUGUCCACAAAAGUAAGUAGCGGUACUUCUCACUGAAACUUGGGAUUUUUAUAACCAGCAGAAGGCUAACUGAAUGACAUCAGUUUUCUUGGAACCUGGAAGACUUUCUCAUUGAGAAGUGCACUUUAAUUAUCAUAAGAACUGUUUACUGUUUAUAUGAAUAUUCAUUUUUUUCAUAUUUGUUAUUUAUUAAAUAAAUUUCAUAAAGUAAUUUUUUUUUGGCCAAAAUAUUUCCCGUUUUUUGGUUUUCACUUUUCUAUUUUACUUGAAAGAAUUUUUUAACGCCUCAACCCAUUUAAGAAAACCUAAAUCUAUACUAUAUAGAUGUUUCUUUUAUUUUGUUCAUAUUGUUUUCAUGUUGUAGGAAUUCACGCCUUAAAAAGAUUCCAACCCAAGGCAACUACAACUCUUGACACUCAGCCAUUCGAUGCCAUUGGACCCAUCGCUGCUGAGAUCAGCGAGGAGGCAUGGUUGCUAUGUUUUGACGAGUUUCAGGUAAAAGUGAAAGAUAUUUCAGGUUAAAGAAUGGACAAAUUAUUUCAGCUUGUAUUACCAAAAUUUUGUUGUAUCUUCUAUUUUAAUAUGCUCCUUGUGGAUUGUCUCCAAAUUGUGGGACAGAAAUAUUGUGUCAAGUUAGCUUACUAUCAUGUUGACUGGGCAGAUUUAAGAGCCAUUUCUUUACACUUUAACACCAGCUUACUUUCAGCGUGAUGUCUCACAAAAAAAAAUACUGCGUCGAAUCAUGACAGUAAACAUUUAAAACAGACAGAUCAUCAUUUUACAAUAAAAACAAAAGCAGGGAGGCAAAAUAUGUUUUUAGUUACCGGUAAUAGAAAAAAAAAAAGAGGAUAAUUCCAUUAUUAAUAUGAAUUAAUUCUCCAGGUUACAGAUGUUGCUGAUGCUAUGAUCCUGAAGAGACUCUUUACUGAGAUGUUCAAAAAUGGUGUGGUUGUUGUUGCCACAUCCAACAGGCGGCCAGAUGGUAAUCCAUUAAUUUUGAUGUGAAUACUCCUCCAUCAGCAUUGGUGCCAUUAAAGUAUUUAUUCACCUUUGUAUAUUUCAAGAAUGUGAUUACAACCCUAUAUCAGUUUAUGUCAUGUGACUUAUCCAUUAAGGGCAUGGUACUUUCAAUUGAAUUGAUUAUUCCAAAGUUUGUACAAACUGACUCAUGUGAGUUUUUGUUUCAUUCAUCUAGACUUAAUCAUACAAUUAAACCUUAAAUAAAUCUCUAAACUGAUGACAUUAUUGACAUAUAAAAUAAGGGGAAUCUUACUUAAUUUUCAGACUUGUACAAAAAUGGCUUGCAGAGAGGUACAUUUUUGCCAUUCAUUGAUAUACUGAAGGUAACUCUUGCUAUCUUUUAAAACCGAUUUAAAGACACAUCUAUUUCGCAAACACCUUCUGGGAUGAUUGCCAACCUUAUUUUCCAGUUAAUGCAUAAUGGCUGUGUUGCUUGGGGUUGAAAUGGCUAGAAAGACUUUGCCAUUGUAUGCUUGUAAUUAGUUUUUGAAGUGUUGCGUUUGUUUUAAAUGUGGUAAAUUAUAGAUUUGUUUUUUGUUGACUUUGUACCGCGCUUCGAGCCUUUGGGGAUGAAGCGUGUUUUUGAAAUGAACUUUAUUAUUAUUAUUAUCUUUUACUAUGCCACAGUUCCCAUUUAGAAUAAUAUAUUGUGAUUUUUUUGGGGUAAUAUAUUAAGAAUUUAUUGUUAAGAAGGUCAGUCAAAGUUAUGUAUCGAAACAAAAUUUAAAUUUGUAUAAAAUGAUUCUCUGAUGAAUAUAAUUGUUAAAUAAUUCUAUUGGUUGUUAUAUUCUCAGAAAUAUUGUGAAAUUAUUCCCCUUGACUCAGGUAUUGACUAUAGGAUGUUGGCACUGCCCUCUGAAGGUCAAGUUUAUUUCAUGUGAGUUUUGUUUACAUGUUUACAUUAACAACUUCAUGACAUUCAGUGUGCAGUCUGUGCAAAAGUAUAUCAUCAUAAAAUGGAAAGCAAUCUCAUUCUGUACCCAUUUAAUUAUGACAGUUAUUGAAAUAGGAUUACACAAUUCUGGUUGACCAAUCAAACUUGAGCCUCGGUAAACAAAUGUUGAGCAAACGUUUGGUUACUGAUUCUGUUAGAUUGGUAACGGAAAGGCCUAACAACAUGGACAGUUUUAGUGCCAGAGCAGUUUUAGUUCCAGAGCUUGGAGUUAUUCGCAAUACAGGCUUCAUUAAGCUUUCUCCAUUCCUACUUCUUAGUUCAAUUGAUUUUACUAGCCUUCCACACAUGGGAAAUGAAAUUGAAGAAAGCAGUGAUGGAAAAUUUAAGAGCAAAAAUUACUGAGAGUGUCUCUUAAGGAAUGUGUGAAUAUACAUUUGUUUUGUUUUAUUUAAUUAAUGUAUGUUAAUUUUUAAGCUCAUGAUUAUGUUUGUUAAAUUGUAUGUACAGUGUGGUGAGCCCAGCUCUAGGCUGGGGUACCUCGCUAUAUAAAACCACCACUAAUGACAAUAAUAAUAAUAAUAAUACCCGGUACAAAAAACCUUAAGUAUUAUAUUAAACUUUUGUCACCUCUUGUUCUUUCAGUGGUUCACCCGAGGAAACAAACCCACAUAUUGAUAAUGUCAUCAAAGAAUUUCAACAAGAACAUGGCUAUGGUGAGCACGCAAUGUUAAAAAGUCAUUGUUGUUCAGUGAUGGGAACCAUUUAUUACAUUUCUCCUCUAGCGUUACACUUCCUUGUCUCUUCAGUGUUUUGUUUAUUGAGCUCACGUUCUGUUGCUUGACUAUAUUUUAAAAGUCAGUCCUAUAAUCAAAUUGGCAAAUUAUGUAGGUUUCUAACACUUUUUUUCUUGUCUUCACUGUUUUGUUUAUUGAGCUCACAUUCUGUUGCAUGAUAGUCUUUUAAGAGUCAAUCUUAAAUUUAAAUUUAAUAACAAACAAAUUAGCAAGUUAUGGGUUAAUAACUCAUUUUUUCCUUUCAUUUGUACCCCUCCCCACUCAGUGUAUAUAAUAUGACAAUUUUAGUUGAUGGUUUCAUUUGACAGAACUUAAACAGAAGACCCUGACUAUUCUUGGUCGAAACCUUGUCUUGCCUAAAACUUACGGGCGAGUCCUUGACACUACAUUUGAAAGCUUGUGUAAAAAGGUAGUUUUUCAGUGUUUAAGCGGAAAAAAAAUAUAAUCAAAUAUAAAAUUUUAAUAUUUCUAAUCAAAAUCAUUUAGAUCGGCUAUGUUAUAUUAAAGUAUUGGCAUUAUUACUCUUUGCAUAAUGGAAGUCUACAAUAAUAAAUUAUCCAACUAUCUUUUAAGAUAUUUGACGUUAAUAUAAAAUUCAAAUCUAGAACCUCGGUGCCAUUGACUACCUGGAGCUCUCCAAGGAGUUUGAUGUUGUUGUCUUGAGAUCUGUGCCCAACAUGUGCCUCGGUUCCAGGACAGAGGCUCGGCGUUUCACUACGCUGAUAGAUACUUUGUAUGAUAAUAAGGUAUGUGCAUUCUUAUCCUGUGUCACUGAGAUAGUAGUUUGCUAAUACAGAUUUCAAUAAAAAAAAAAUAAUAACAAAUAAUAAUAUUCAUUUUCAAACUACGACAAAAGAAUAUAAUUAAUUCUAAUAAUUAAAUCAUUUAACGGAUCUAUAUCUAAUGGUUUUUUUUUUUUUAAACUUUAACUAUUAAAAGAUUAACUGAAAAUAUCACCUCUAUUUAUGUUUAUCAACACAAUAAGAACAUUGUUAAUGAUUAUGUUGAUGUCAAUUAGAACACAAUUUUUUAAUCUAAUCUUACCAUUGGCUUUGAGUAGCCAUCUUGACCUAAAAAAAGAAAACAGAAAUAGCUACAUGCAGGAAUAAUUGGAUCCAAGUACAUUUUCAAGGACUGUUUAAUCUAAAUAUCUUAAAUUCCACAUUUUAUUGUAUUUUUAUCUUGUUAUCAGCAUCUGAUAUUUUGGACAUUGAAAAUGUUCAUCCAAGAAAUGUUAAUUUUAGUUACCGCAUCUUCCUUUGUGUGUACAUCCCAUUGUGUACAAAUGUUGAGAUAAUUGUAUCUAUAUAUAUUUCUUUUGAAGGUGAAGCUUGUCAUUGGGGCAGCAUCUGGUGCCAAAAAUUUGUUUAGCACCGGAACAAUCAGCUUCUCUGAUGCUGAGGCCAACAGAAGUUUGAUGGAUGACCUUGGGAUAAAUGCAGUAAGUCUCAGAUUUCUUUCAGUUCUGUAACCAACCUCUUAGAGCAAUAUGCAUCCCAUGAACUGGCUUAAGCCCUCCCUGGCUGUGUCCUGCAUCUGUUCCACUCUGACCUAUUGAAUGGACUUUAUUAUCAUCUUAGAAGAAACAUAGAGCACGGAUCUCAUUGUGCGAUCAUAAAACAUUUUAAAUCCUUUAAUAUUAACUUCGCUUUUGUUUGUGUGUUUCUUUCUUUCUGUCUGGGUUUGUGGCUAAAUCUUUGGAUGGCUAAUUGACCCACUUCCCAUCAACCUAUCAAGCUAAAACUUUGCACAUAUACUCAGUCCCCAUGACAACACGUUUUUUUUCAAAUUUUGAGUAUGUCCCCCAACCCCCAAAAUCAGUUUUUUUCCUGUUUUUAAUAGAGAGGAUGAAGGGAAUAUUAUGUCACUGAUUUCACAAAAUAAAAGUCCCAAUAACUUUUGUCCCUUGGAAACAAAUUUAUUUCAUAUUUACGCCCUUUUAAAUCAUAAUAUCUAUAAUGUGGAAGCAUAAAAUAAUAUUUUUUUCUUAGUCAUAUGAAUGUCACAACCUCAGGAGUCAUUUAUUUUAUACAAUUAAAAGUAUUUUUUUUUAAAAAGUAUUUUUAAAAAAAAGAUUUUGUUUUAUUUUGUAUUAUAAAAAUGUUGCUGAUGAAGUUAAUCUAUUUUUGCCAUAAAUCAUCAAAGUCAAAUUUAUUAACUAACUUUUAAAAAUAAUUUUUGUGAUUCAUCCCUCAAUGUAUGAAUCUCCAAGGAGUUCCCAAGGAGUUCCCAUGGAGUUCCCAAGUUACGUAUUGUAACCGUCUAUCCUGUUGUUGUAGACAUAGAGGUGAUCGUUAGCUAAGUCUACAACUGUAUAAAUGAUCAUUUAAUGCCACAUCAAGGCAUUGACAUUAUCUACAUAUUCAUAUCAUAUGAAUCCCCUUGUCACUAAUCUAUUUAAUACACAAUUUAUUUCAAUAUUACCGUAUUCAUAUACAUCAACAACUUUACUUAUAAUACAGAACAGCCUUUAAUAUAUAUGUGUUCGCUUUUGUGUUCAAUAAUUGUCUUUACUAGUGCCCGCACAAUUAUCACACGUUUUCUGUGCCACAAACUCAUAAACCGUUUUUUUUUUCAAUUUCUUAUGUCUGCCUCAACUCCACCAUUACAUCUCUACAUGUGUGCAUCUCGUUUGAAUCUACUGCAACUUAAAUUAAAAUAAGGUAUACUAAGUUAAUUACCGCUAGUGUGUUUGUUGCAAAAUAUUUACUUUUGUUUUUAUGAAAUAGUUGGUGAAAUAAACCCGCAGUGUAAAAUUGGUUGGACAUUAGAAUAUUAAUAUAAAAUAAAAUAAUGCGUAUAAAGACUAUGAAACACUUAAUGGUUUUUUAAUUGUCAAUAAAUUAUUGUCUUAAAAUAUUUUUCAACAAAAAUAGCUGGAGAAGACUGGAAAAAAAUAUAUAAUGAAACUACAUUUUUGACAAUCGGACCCAUGUAGGAGCUGUCUGGAGAGUCAGGUUUCAACUGCUUAAAUGUUUGGCCACAUCCAGAUUUUUUUUGUCUUUUCUUUUUCUUGAUCUCUGUCUUUGUUUAUUCUGAGAGAACUUUUCUUUCCCCCCUCAGAAAUCUGACCUGGCUAAUUCCAGCAUCUUUACUGGAGAAGAGGAGUUGUUCGCUUUUGAGAGAGUUAUCUCCCGUCUGAGUGAGAUGCAGACUAAAGAAUAUUGGGAUAUGGACAGAACAAGUAGAGUGCAACAGCCCAACAGAGCUGCAGGUGUGGACAGAGUGAGACAAUCUUCAUCCUCUUGACACUAGUGGAAAUUUAGGAUUGGAUAUAGUUUGGUGUAUAAAUUAGAGCAGGUGUAUAAAUAUUUAAUCUGUGAUUGGGAUCGGAAUAUAUUUAAUCAAAGUUAUCCAUCAAAUUAAUUUUUAUUUAGUGCUUUUAUAUUUAAGAUGAUUGUUUCAAUGUGGUAAGAUGAUUAAGAUCAUAAUCAUGUCCAUGUCACUUAUUUUCUUAUUUAUGAUUUUGUUUUUAAAAAUAAUGGAAAAAAAUUUUCAAAAGUCAUUUAAACUCUAAAGAGAAAUUGUCUCCUCCUCCCCCCUCCCCUCUUCUUAUUCACUGGCUGAUAAGAUACAACUGCUAUUUUGACCUGCACUUUUAUCUACAGUACAUAAACUGGUAUGGGUCACACCAGUGGAUAGGUCGUAGAGAUAGGUAGCUUGGUUAGUUUGGGGGUUUACCGCAGAUGGGUCACACCCACACACCCACACACCCACACACCCACCCACACACCCAUACAUCCACACACCUACACACCGAUACACCCAUACACCCACACACCCACACACCCAUACACCAAUAGUUUGAGGAGCUACAUUGCCCUUUUGUUUUUAAAAAAACGUAAAUAUAACCGAGGUGACGAAUUGUUUCAAUAACAACUUGAAAAUUGAAAGCAACUGUCAGAAAUUCUGUAAUCCUUAUUUAACGUUAAAAAAACUGAUUGCCCUCUGCUUGAGCAUAAUCGAAAGCGAAGGAGAAAACGAUUCUCUGACCAAUGACUUCUGUUCACUGAUUAACACUUAUAACAGUAAGUGAAAUUGAUGUCCUCUGGAUAGGUGUCCCCCCCGUCCCCCCCAUAUUUUUUUCAACAUUCGUGUUAAAAAGGUGCAAUCUAUAUUUGAGUAUUUACCUGACUUAUUACAUAAAGAGAAAAAUGGUGAGUCCAAAGUUCCCAAUGACCUUACUUAUUACAUAAAGAGAAAAAUGGUGAGUCCAAAGCUCCCAAUGCAACAUUCUCUGAUUAGGAUGUUUGUCUCCAUGUGAUUUUGGUACCGGUGGCCUACUGGCUUUACAUGUUGUACUUAGGUUAAAUAUUAGGCUUGUGAAUUAAAAUAAAAAAUAGAUUUGGUUGUUGAGCUUUUUAAAGAAAAAUCUGUCUUAAAACUAUUAUAUUAUGUUAUUAUUAUCUGUUAUUUUUACAAAUAUACUUAUAAUGUCUGGUGACAAGCAUGUACUUACCAAAAAAAAAAUGUGGUUUGGUGUUUGUUUAAGGCUCUGUUUCUUCAAACGGUUUUAGUGAACCAGUUUCAGACAGUCAUGUCGAAUAGUCUGAGAUAGUAUGACAUAAUAAAGGACUUUUUUUUUAACCCAUCCAGUGUGUGAAGCUCUGAUUUUGAGUAGUGUCUCAUUUGUGUCGAACCCAUUAAGUUUGAGAAGCACUGAUUUUAAGUGUCUCAUGCAGACCCGGUGCAGUAAGGCGAGUUUUAGUUAAUUACUUUAACCUGCUGUGCUGUACUUUUGUUUGUGUCCGGGCAGUUGCUGGAAAGAAACGGAUGAUAACCACCUGUAAUAUACAGUACUGUGUCCACGGUGCACCAGUUGUUAUGAUGAAUCUAAUUAUAUAUAACCACACUGUGCAUGAUGACCUACAAAAUUAAAAUUUCUGAAUAAUUUACCCGUUACAUUAACGGUUAAAUUAAAAAUCACUUCACCGGUUAUAUGGCUCUUGUUUCAUCAAGACAACUUUUAAAAAAAUUUCAGACGUUGUGGUUAAUUUUCAAAAUCCCAACUUGCUUAGGCUGAUGUGUCAGUAUUUUUAAACACCGAUGUCUUUUUGCGGAACUACCCAACAUCCAUUUAGAAAUUGAUAAUAUAAAGAAUGUAAUAUAUUUUAAACGAUGAUACGAAAGCAUGUGGUGAAAUUCAGUGUGGCCUACCCAUUAAUUGUGUUUCCUCACAAAUGUUUUAUUACUUAACUCUAUUCGAUGACUUCACAAAUGUUUUAUUACUUAACUCUAUUCGAUGACUUCACAAAUUUUUUGUGCUAUGUAAUCAAUGAUAUACUUAUGAAAUGAAUCCUUAGAUUUACACAGAAACAGACAGACCUGAGGUACAUCUUGGUAACAUCUGAUAUAAUGGGUUGAUAUUAUUUUAUGCACAGUGGAGACACAAUCUCACCUUAUAGAUAUUAGAACCUGGAGAGUGGAGAGAGCUGACCUUGUCUGAUACCUAUAGCCCAACAUUACAAGACAGGAAAUAAAAGAUUUGAAACAAAGCUUGGUUAUUGAAUGUGUCUCAUUUAUGAUCUUUAGACUUGUUGUUUGAGAUGGUCUUUGUUUUCUUACUAUAAUUAAACAGCCCC